CUUCCGACCAGAGGCGGGGCGGCGGCGUCCGCGGGAAAUCCAGGCCAGCAGUGUUCGACUAGGUACAGCGCGGGAAUGGCAGGCCCGGGGAGCCUGGUCCUGCGGCCCUGGAUUCGAGAGCUGAUUCUGGGGUCAGAUGCUCUCUCAAGUCCACGGGCCGGGCAGCUGCUCGAGGUACUUCAGGAGGCCAAGGCCCCGGGCCCAUCCCACGCCCCUGACGCACCUGAUGUCGGGGCCAUGCUGCUUGUGUCCGACGGGACCUACAGUAUCCGAUGCUUCGUGACGCGGGAAGCCCUGGACACCUCGGCCUGGGAGGAGAAGGAAUUCGGCUUCCGCGGGGCAGAGGGUCGGUUGCUGCUGCUGCAGGACUGCGGGGUCAACAUCCAUGUCGCCGAGGGUGGCGCGCCCGCAGAAUUCUAUCUCCAGGUGGACCGCUUCAGCCUGCUGCCCAGUGAGCAGUCCCGCGUCCGGGUGCCUGGUUGCAACCAGGACUCGGAAGUGCAGAAAAAGCUCUAUGACUACCUUGAGGAGCACCUUUCAGAGUCCACCUCCCCCAAUGCAGGCCUAUCACUGUCCCAGCUUCUGGAUGAGGUGAAGGAGGACCAGGAACAUCAGGGGGCGCUAGUGCACCUGGCUGAGAGCUGCCUGAUGCUGACAGGCCCUUGCACAACACCCCCUCUCACCCGCUGGGCUGCCUCACGCUGCAGGGCCACGGGAGAAGCUGGAUAUACUGUCCCCAGCAUAAUGCUGCACAUCUCUAAGAAUGACCAGCAAAUUCUGAGCUCUCUGGGCCGAGGCCCUGAGCUGCCUGCACCAGACCCGGCUCUACAGGAUAUCUCUCUGACCCUGAUCUCCUCUCCUUCUUCCUCACCCAGUUCCUCAGGAACCCCUGCCUUAUCCAGCCAUAUGCCAUCAGAGGAAAGCGGUGCCAGCAUCAGCCUUCUGCCUUCUCUGUCCUUGGCUGCUCCAGACCCAGUGCAGAGGGGAAGCUCCCAGACCCUACCAGCCAUCUGUUCAGCCCCUGGCCCCCUGCCCCUCAGCUCUUCACACCCCAGCCAUUCAUCCAACUCCUCACUUCCAAGCUGCAGCCCCAGUCUCUUGCCACUUGGCCAUGUCCCCAAUCCACACCAGGCCCAUAUGACCAGCACCCACAAACCUAGUCUGGUGUUCAAAGAGCUAGGGUUGCCUACCAAGAACCUGCAGCCUUCUCCAAGGACUAGAGCCACCAAGGGAGCUCAGGAGUCCUGCCCUGUCUGGGAUACCCCAAAGAGACAUCGUGAUGGUUCCACCUUCCAAUAUGAGUACAAGCCACCCUGCACCUCGCUCUGUGCCCAGGUCCAAGCUACCAGGCUCCCUCCCCAGCUCGUGGCCUGGGCCUUGCACUUUCUGAUGGAGUCACAGCCGGAGUCUGAAUUAACUCAGGUGUGAGGGGUCAUGUGGGCACAUUGGAGGAUAUAUGUACACAGGCCCAAGCCCGGGGAUGGACAAACAGUGCUCCAUACUCUAAUUUCUUUGAGUUUUUUAAUAAAAUAAUCUCAU